UAUUUUUACCUGUUUACUCAUAUCACACACUGUGUGUUUCUCUCAGUGGAUGUGACUCUGGAUCCUGAUACAGCUCAUCCCAAACUCAUCCUGUCUGCUGAUGGAAAACAAGUGACACGUGGAGACACACGACAGAAUCUCCCUGAUACACCACAGAGGUUUAAUACAUGUCCAAGUGUUCUGGGAAAGCAGAGUUUCUCCUCAGGGAGAUUUUAUUAUGAGGUGCAGGUCAGAGGGAAAACUAAAUGGACAUUAGGAGUCGCAAAAGAGAACAUUAACAGGAAGGGGAAGAUUACACGGACUCCUCAGGAUGGAUUCUGGACUGUGAUCCUGAGAAAUAAGAAUCAGUAUAAGGCUUGUCCUAUUCCCUCUGUCCCCCUCACACUGAGAGAGAAGGUGGAGAUUGUGGGGGUGUUUGUGGAUUAUGAGGAGGGUCUGGUCUCCUUUUAUGAUGUGAAGUCCAGCUCUCAUAUCUAC